UUUAAAUGAAAAAUUCAGCUAUAAAAUAUAUUUUAAAAUUUUACGUGGUUUGAGUGAUUUUAGUUGAUUUUAUAAGAUGUUUUUAUUAAAUAUUUUCGCAAUUUUAUGGUUAUCACACAAUAUUAUACUUAUAACAGUCAUACCCGGAGGUAAUUGGUUCUCGAAGCUUUUUUCAUUUAACUCAUAUUCAAGGCUUCCAUCCGACUUAUCAAUACCAUUAAACAACGAAGACUCAACAUUUCAAUGCCAUGAUCAAAAUGAACUGGAUAGUACACAUUCAAAUGUAAAUAAUUUGGUGGUACAUGUAACAAGUGUAUAUAGAACACCUGAUAAAUGGCAUAUAACUGUUAAAUAUCUUAUAGCUGAUCAUCGUUUUCAACCAGUUGAUUCAAAAUGGAGAGAAAAUAUAAGUAAAAAAUUAGAAUUUCAAACAGGAAAACCAUACAACCUCCAACAAUCAAAUAAAAUGUUAAAAUCUCCGAAAUACAAUAAAGAUACAGGAAUUACUUUGGAUACAAACGAAUUUUUUAGAAUUAUAUCUCUUUUAUUUAGUGGGACACAAGAAAAUUACGAAAUUUUACGUACUAAAGUUUUUGAAGCUAUACGUAUCAGCUAUUAUAUUCAUGAAAUCUUGAAAGAUUCAUACAGCAUAAAAAGAUAUUUCAGAGGGGAAGGCUUUCAAAAGAGUGAUAUAAUCACAAUGUUAGUUACAAGUUUUGUUAUUGAAACAAGCAUUUAUAUAUAUGAAAAAGCGCGGGGCAAUUGGUUAUAUAUACCUAAAGAAUAUCCUAAAAAAGAUUUUUCUAAAAUAAGUGAAGAAAAAUGUAUUUAUUUAUAUAAUGAAGGAACACAAUUUUUUAUAGUUGAAGAUGUAACUGAUUAAUGGAGAACUGUUGAUAUUUCUUUACAACUUCUUAGCUGAAUAAUGUUUUAUAAAUAUAUACAAAGUGAAUCGUUUAUCAUAAACA